UUGGGGAACGCAGAGUGCUAGAUCUGGAGGGAUUUUUUUUCUUCUCCGCCUGCAAGAACUAUAGAGGGGAGCUGGCGAGGGGAGUCUGGCAAGGCUGUAGCCCGAGUGUUGGUGGUUCCAGACCCUCAGACCAGGUGAGUGGAGAGCCUAAGAAAUCUGUAGUAAGAGAGUUGGAAAAUAUUUAAGUCUCAACAAAUGAAUUCCACAUUUGAACUCUGCCGCAUUCCUGUGCCACCUCCUCCUUUAGAAAACUGAUCUUAGAACAGAGCGGAAAAAGAGAAUAGAAGGUAGAAGAAGAUGCUGGGAUCUGAACGUGGUGUUGUGGAAGAAUGGUUAUCAGAAUUCAAGGCAUUACCUGACACUCAGAUCACCAAUUAUGCAGCAACUUUGCAUCGGAAAAAAUCACUGGUACCAGCACUCUAUAAAGUUAUUCAGGAUUCUAACAAUGAGCUGCUGGAACCUGUCUGCCACCAGCUUUUUGAGCUUUAUCGUAGCUCUGAAGUUCGACUUAAGAGGUUCACACUGCAGUUCUUGCCAGAAUUGAUGUGGGUUUAUUUACGGCUUACCGUUAGUCGAGACAGACAGAGUAAUGGUUGCAUUGAAGCACUUCUGUUAGGAAUUUAUAAUUUGGAAAUUGCUGAUAAAGAUGGAAACAAUAAAGUUCUAUCUUUCACUAUCCCUUCCUUGUCCAAGCCUUCAAUAUACCAUGAGCCCUCAACAAUUGGAUCCAUGGCUUUGACAGAAGGGGCGUUAUGUCAGCAUGAUCUCAUCAGGGUUGUUUACAGUGAUCUUCAUCCUCAGAGGGAAACAUUCACUGCACAAAACCGGUUUGAAGUCCUAAGUUUUCUAAUGUUGUGUUAUAAUUCUGCUAUUGUGUAUAUGCCUGCUUCAUCUUACCAAUCCCUCUGUCGGAUGGGCUCCAGGGUUUGUGUGAGUGGUUUUCCGCGGCAACAUGAAAAACAGUGGAAAGAACUCUGUGGUCGAAUAGUGUUGGAUCCCGAAUUUAUGGUGCAACUUCUGACAGGGGUUUAUUAUUCCAUGUAUAAUGGACAGUGGGACCUUGGCCAGGAAGUCCUUGAUGACAUAAUUUAUAGAGCUCAGCUAGAACUCUUUUCUCAACCACUAUUGGUUGCCAAUGCCAUGAAAAACUCAUUACCUUUUGACGCUCCUGAUUCUUCACAAGAAGGCCAGAAAGUCCUUAAAGUGGAAGUCACUCCAACAGUGCCGAGGAUUUCUCGGACAGCGAUUACAACAGCUUCAAUCCGCCGUCAUAGAUGGAGAAGAGAAGAUGGCUUUGACUUCUCAAACGAGGCUGACUCGAGUAUUCCUGGCUCCCCGGUCCAACACGGCUCCACUGACCUAGGGAUCAAACGUGUGCAAGAGGGGGAGGUGCUGGUGCGCAGGACCCCUGAGCACGGCUCACCGGAGCCCAACUCAGCUGCAGCCACAACAGAGGGUGCUGAGGGUGUAAAUGGAGGAGAGGAAUCUAUAAAUCUGAAUGAUGCAGAUGAAGGAUUUUCAUCAGGCGCUUCCCUCAGCAGUCAGCCAGUUGGUACCAAACCAUCUUCCUCUUCUCAGAAGGGAAGCUUACGAAAAGUAGCAACUGGGCGUUCAGCCAAGGAUAAAGAAACCACCUCUGCUGUCAAAUCCAGUGAGAGCCCUCGAGAUUCAGUAGUUCGAAGGCAGUAUGUGCAGCAACCAGCUGAUCUUAGUGUAGAUUCAGUUGAGCUGACACCGAUGAAGAAACACCUGAGCCUGCCUGCUGGCCAGGUGGUGCCAAAAACCAGUAGUCUGAUCCGGACAGCCAGUGCUUCCUCAAGUAAAUCAUUUGACUAUGUAAAUGGCAGUCAAGCAAGUACCAGCAUUGGGGUUGGCACUGAGGGAGUUACAAAUUUAGCAACUAGCAAUGCUAAUCGAUACUCAACUAUCAGUCUACAAGAAGACCGACUAGGUCAAGCUGGAGAAGGCAAAGAGCUCCUCAGCCCAGGAGCACCCUUAACCAAGCAGUCUCGAUCCCCAAGUUUCAAUAUGCAGCUAAUAUCCCAGGUGUAGUUUUGACUUCUCUCUUGUCUUUCUCCUUACCUUUUAAACUGAACAUUUCAUUGUGCAAGAAGACACUUCAUCCCACAUUGUGAAAAUGAAAAUAUUGGUCAUUGUAAUCAGAUUUGAUUUAGUUUAGGUAUCUUCAUACUGUAUUUUGUAUGGAAACAGCAAUAAGGUUUUCUUUUCCCUCCUUCCUAUAUCCUCUCUUCACCUAUACCUUGUAAAUGUGUUUGUGAAGCAGUAUAAAAUGUUUGCAUUUUCCAUGCCUUUUUUUCUCCUUGGGUGAUGUGCAAUCCAUCGUAGGCUGAUCGGUCCCAUUUCAACACUGUGAGACUGAGGAUAUGUUAGAGGAAAUGGUGUAUAUGAUCCCUAUGAAAUGAUUCUUUGGCUUUCAUUUUGAAAAAAAAAAAAAAUGAAACGGGUCUGUUCUCAUACUCUGUAGAACUAUGAAGAUUACUGGAUCAUAUUUUUUUCUCUCUUAACCAGGAGUGCCUCAGAGAUUCUUCUAUGUCUUUGGACUUCUCUGAGUUGUGCAAUCAUUUUCUUGAUAAGCAAGGGGAAAGGUGGUAGACUGCUGCACUUUUUCAUUAAAUGAGGGUGGCUCUAUAUCCCCCCAUCUCCUUUAUCUUGAGGACACAAAUGUUCCAUUACUGAGGCAUUUAAAUCUAGUUGUGGCUACCUCCAUUGGAGGGCAGGGCUCUAAGUUGAUUGUGUAAUUGAUUAUGCACUUUCGCAAUGGCUCUAUAGUCAUUAUUAACAUGUCUUCCCUCCUCCCCACAAUGAUAUAAGGGCAUUUCUGUCCUUGAAGUUUGAACAACUAACAAAUCAGAGAAUCCAAGGGGCAUGUUCUAUUUCCCAGGAAUGACUGACACUUUGGUGCUGGGGCUUUGGGGGUGGGGGGAUAUGUCAUUUUUUGUUUGGCUUCUGUGGGAUUGUGUGUAUGAGGGGAAGUUUUGAUUGAUUUUUUUUUUUUCUUUUGUGAGCUGAUGAUGACUGAAGUAGAAUGAGUACAUCUUCAGGUAAAGAGAGGGAUUUCUCAACCCACUUUCUGUGAUGUCAGACUAUUGGAGAAACCCUUUCAGCUGCUUUUUAGAUGUACCUCAAUUCAGUCAGAUAUUUUGGAUUAAGAAAACUGAAGUCCUAAUAGAUCAUAUACUCCAAGGAAAUACAUCAGGGACAGAUAAUUGGCUGAAAACACUGAUGCUUCAAUGUGAUACAUUUUUAUAGAACAUUUCUACCAGGGGGUACUGACUUGAUUUCUCCUACACGGACCACACUGCCUUUGUGUUUAAUGUAAUGCAACUUGUGUAUCUUCUAAUCAAUAUAUCUGCUGAAGUUUCUCAUUUUUAUAAAAUUUUGAAAUCAUGCCAGUAAGUUAGAUAUUGAAUGUAUGUAAGUAGCAUUUGGUAACUGUGCUAAGAGGCUACAAAAAUGCAUUAUUGGUUAAAAAAAAAUCUCAUUUGGUUGGACAAGAUUUCAUUAUAACCUCUUCUGGGUCUCAAGUUCUAAUGCUUGAUUGAAAUAGAAGAGAAUAUAUUGGGUUUUGAAAAUCAGUGUGAUUUGAACUGCUAUACAUUAUUCUUCCACAAAAUAUAUAUCAGAGCUGUUGUGCUUGGUACAUUGACAUUUUUAUUUUAUUGUGAAAGAAAGAUAUACUAACUUUAUAGAAAGCAAGUAUUCUCCUAAUAAAGUUUAAAAUUUUAUCUCUACUAAUUAAAACUAUAAUAGAUUAUGAGAAAUAACCAGAAAACUGCCUCUUAUUCUUUUCACACCUAAAUUUUGUUUUUUAAAAGGACUUUCUGUUAGAAUCUUUAUAAGAACGAGAUAUUUGUUUAAGUUUGGUGGUCUGUAAUGUUUUUUCUGCUCAUAUGAAAAUAAAAAUGGGAAACUAGAACAUGACUAGUACCUGUAACAUUGCCAAAGUUCAGGGUAAAGCUAAAAGUUGAUAGAGAUUUAUUGAUUUUUGUAUAUAUAUGUGGGGGGGUGGUAUAUAUGUAUAUUUCACAAAGACAUUUUAGAUAUUCCUUCUUUAAUUUGACUAAGGGAUGUCAGAUAAAUGAAAAAAAUUAAAAAGCAGCCAAAAUAAAUGAAGUAUAAAGAUCUAUAAUAUUAUUAAGGGAAGCAAAGUUUCAGGUUUGAAAGGAAAGUAAUUUACUUAUAAUUUACCAGGGAGUGAGAUCU